AAGCGUCACCUCAGAGACUGAAACUGACAGGCAUUUGGCAGCUGCUGAACCUCUCUCAGCAACAUGUGCCAUCUUUGAGGUGGUGUCAUCACUGCAGUCAAGCGAAGCUGUGCAGGAGCUGCUCCCAGAGCUGUUUCCUGUUCUCCUGCAGCAGGUCAGCCGAACCUUAGGACAAAAGAUGCCUUUGCCAGUGAUAAGAAGCCGGAGCCUAUUCCGAAAAGACCAACAACAUACUGAGGGCAACCCUUGCUGGUUUUCUGUCCAAGCAUUAGAAUCUGUGCUUUUCAAAGUUGGGAAUGAGAAACUGGUGAGAGUGCUUGGGAAGCAGAAAGCAUGGAUUCUGCUUGAAAACCCCCAGACUCACCAUGAGGGAGUGUGUCUGCUGGUGAGUGUUCUGCUAAGAUCUGGACUAGUAACACCUGAGAUCAUACAGAGCCUCCUCCCCUGGGUGAAUUCCCCAAUGGAAAACUUCCGAGUCACCAGCACAGCUUUCCUUGCCCAGCUAAUGAGUGAUCCCAUGCUCAGGAGAAGAAGUUGCUUAAGAUUGUCUUACAUCUUGGAAGAAAGGUCACAGGAUAGAAACAGCAUUGUCCGUCAGAUGGUUGUAAGAGCCUGGGAAAUAUAG